CUACGGAUUCUCUCUCGCUCCGCCUCCGAGCCUGACGUCUUCGGUGCGGUUAGUGAUGACGCUGAAAUCAAGAUGCAAAUUUCCCUCCCCCGUCCUCACACGUUCACCGACGGUGGCUUCUUCUCGUCGCCGCCUCCGCCCAAUUUCAUGGAGGAGGCGAAGGUGGUUGUGAGCGUCACAGUGGAGGGGAGCCCGGGCCCGGUGAGGGCGAUGGUGAAGCUCGGUGCCACCGUCAAUGAGACCAUCGGAGUUGUCGUCGAUCGAUACAAGAGAGAAGGGAGGAGUCCGAAAUUGGAUCAGGAGAGGGCGGAUUGUUUCGAACUCCAUCACUCCCAUUUUAGCUUAGAAAGUUUGAACAAGAGUAACAAAAUUGGAGAAGUAGGGAGCAGGAGUUUCUAUCUUCGCAAGAGUUUCGACGGCCAAAGUUUCGACUCUCCAAGCGACGGAAGAGACUCGAUGAGAGGCAGCGAAAUCGAGCUUCCAGAUCAUUGCACGCUUCAGGUUGUUCCUCCUCCUCCUGCUCAACUUUUCUUCUCUUUUAUAGCUAAAAGAUUAAGCAAGAUGAAGCGGAGAACAAAAAAGCUUUGGAGGGUCGUUCUCUGCAUAACUUGUAUGUAACCAUAAGAAAAACUGUGAAUAGUUCUGAUCUAUAUAUCUCUAAGAUACAUAUUAGAUCUUUUGUUCAUAGAGAUGUCAACUGUAAUAUUGGCUGUCUAAUUAUGUGACAAGUGUAUUGUAUAUGUGAAAGUUUAGAUAAAGAAAGAAAAUGACGUUUGCUCUUGA